AUGCCGCUGCCAGAAGCGAAGAGCUUGCAGCGAAGAGCUGAGGAGCGAAGUCUCCAGCAAAUUGCUUGCUGGCUUUUCCAGCAGCAGGGGCAGCCGGAUGCGGAGGAGGAGGAGAGUGAAAAGCGGGUAAAUACUGCAGACCAGGAGGCAAAGGGGAUUGCCCAAAUGAGCGUUCUGCUGAUCGGCAGUUCGUAUGGAUUGCCUACUUCGGUAGAGCUUACUCCCUGUGGUUGUCCAAUACCGAAGCCUCCGCCUCCGCCUCCACCUCCACCACCUCCGCCUCCAUGUGUCGAUCCACCACCACCACCACCAUGCAAACCAGAGCCACCGAAGCCACAGCCACCGAAGCCACAGCCACCUAAGCCACAACCACCGAAGCCAGAGCCUCCAUGCGAACCGCCGAAGCCACAGCCACCUAAGCCACAGCCACCCAAGCCACAGCCACCCAAGCCACAGCCACCCAAGCCACAGCCACCGAAGCCACAGCCACCUAAGCCACAGCCACCUAAGCCACAGCCACCCAAGCCAAAGCCACCUAAGCCACAGCCACCUAAACCAGAUUGCGGAUGCAAGUCUUGUGGACCUGGAGGUAAGGCCUGCGAAGGAUGCCCCAAACAGGAUGAUCUGUGCAAGGAAUUGACCAAGCUCCUUAAAGACCUCGAUCGCAAGAUCAAGCAAUGCGUGUGCGGAGUGCCCAAGUUUGCACUACCCUAA